CUCAGUUUGACUGCAAGGGGCCUGAAUCAGCACUGUCCUAUCUUUCCAAACAGCUCUACAGCACACGAAUUAGGAAAAAGAGGGUCCCUUGGAACGUCACAGGUUUCCACCCAUUGUCCUUUCAUCACCAUGACCGUAGCAUAGUUUAUCAGCUCCAAACCUAGAUCUAAAGUUUCAUUGUUAACGGAGUAAAGACAGAGUCUGACCAAAGACGGUCUAACGUCCGCCUUAGCGCACGGAUUAGCAGUUAUUUGGUCCUCAAAAUUCCAACGUGCGGACACUAGUUUUUAUAUUGAACCAAGAUGUCGUCAAAGCCUGGGUUUUCCCCUGUUCUGCUGUCAGUAUUACUGUGGAUUUCCGUGGCUCAAUGUUCAUUUGAUAUACAAGGUAUGGAUUUCUAUUUGACAAUAGAUCUGGCUUUUAUAAAUCAAAAGGUUGAGAGAGAUCAAGCCACCGCAGGUCUCCUGCAAGACAAUCAUAUCAAUUCAAAAUUCAAUUUUCAAUGAAUAUCUGUACGAUUUUCUCUAGAUUUAAAUGAAGGCGAGAAAUUUUGCGGAAAUGCAUAAUAUACAGGUUUAUAUAAGGUUUUCCAGAAAUAGUUUAGAGCUGGGUUAAUAAGAAAAGAUUAGAUGAUCUUAGAAAACCUAAUAGUGAAGGAUCGCAGGGUAUGGAAGGCAUGCAUUAUUAAACCAUUUUAUAGGAGCUAGGUGGAUGGGUUUGAGAGGGAGCUAUUGUUAAAUCAUUUUAUAAAAGUGUAGGUGGAUAGGUUUCGAUAUGGAUCUAUUAUUAAAUAUAUGAAUUAAUCAGAAGCUAUGGCAACUGCACUUGUGUUCUCUAAUUUUAAUUAAGAGGUUGUUUCAUUUUAUUUUCCUGUGUUUGGCUGCCUCCUGAGCUCAUUUCUAUUACCAAUCUUCAGCAAAGCUAAUUAAAAUGAUUUAAUAACAUAAGUAGAAGCUUUGAUUUGCUUGCUCAGUUCUUUCUAAACCCGUGGAUGAUUUAGUUUGGAAGAUGCUGGACUUUUGGAUAAAGUAAGAAAGUGUUGCGAUUGAGUUGUAUGAAAAGUAAUUUUACAAAAUGUACAUUUUUACAAAAUCUGCGGCAGAUUUAUUUAGGGGGCCUUGAAAAGUAGUAUUAUAAGAGUAUAUCUAGAUCGGUGGGAGAUUUUGUUACUUAUUGUGCCAUGCUGAAGAAUCUCAAAAGAAUGACAAGGCUGUGCAUGUCUAGAGAAGUAAAGUAUGUAUUGAUGUAAAAAGCUGCUAGAAAACUGCAGGGAGACUGAGAGACAACAACUGAAUUGUAGAAAGGGAAAUCAGAUAGUGAGCAGAGCUGCCUUCGCGCAUUUACAUAUAUAUCUGCUUUAUGGCAUUAUGGGCAAGUAUGGCAGUUCACAGAAAGAAAUACAGGAAUUGCAGAAAGAAUAGUACAUACUGUAUGUGUACCAAUUACCAGAGUAAAGACAAACAGUGAUAUAGAAAGGGUAGUAGAUACCUGGAAUAGCCAUCCAGUGGGAGCAGUAAAGGCUACCAGUGAUAUAGAAAGGGUAGUAGAUACCUGGAAUAGUCUUCCAGUGGGAGCAGUAAAGACAAACAGUGAUAUAGAAAGGGUAGUAGAUACCUGGAAUAGCCAUCCAGUGGAAGCAGUAAAGGCUACCAGUGAUAUAGAAAGGGUAGUAGAUACAAGGAAUAGCCUUCCAGUGGGAGCAGUAAAGGCUAACAGUGAUAUAGAAAGGGCAGUAGAUACAAGGAAAAGUCUUGAGGUGGAAGUGGUAAUGGCCAUCAGUGAUAUAGAAAGGGUAGUAAAUACAAAGAAUAGCCUUCCAGUGGAUGCAGUAAAGGUACCUGGCAUAUUCUUGCAGUGGAUGCAGUAAAGGUUACCAGUGAUAUAGAAAGGGUAGUAGAUACAAGGAAUAGCCUUCCAGUGGGAGCAGUAAUGGCUAACAGUGAUAUAGAAAGGGUAGUAGAUACCUGGAAUAGCCUUCCAGUCGAAGCAGUAAAGGCUAACAGUGAAAAAGAAAUGGUAGUAGAUACCUGGAAUAACCUUGCAGUGGGAGCAGCAAAGGUUACCAGUGAUAGAGAAAGGGUAGUAGAUACCUGGAACAGCCUUCCAGUGGAAGCAGUAAAGGAUAAUCAAGAAAGCAUAAUAUCACAUAGUGUAUUAGUAAGGGUAGUAGAUAUAAUCUUGGUCAAUAAAUCUGCUCCACCUCUUACAGUCAACAAUUAACAUAUUCAUUUCUGCUGUAAACCUUUCAAAGCAUAAAAUAUCCAGACCCACAUACUCACAAGGAAGCAUUUAUAGAAAUGAUAACAAACCAUCCCAUCAAUUUGAAUCUAAAACUACCAGUGUGACUGUCUGAUAUGAAACAUCUUACUUCUGUCUACUCCAUUUAACUGGGUUACCCCGUCAAUGCUCCUCACCCGCAACGAAUAAAAUGAGCAGCAGAGGCCAGUUCAUGUCUUUAGAGAAUGGAAAGACGGGCACAGAAAGUGGGGGAUAUUAAUUCUGUAAAAAUUUUAUUACUGUAAUUCACCAAAGUGUGAACACAGUCUAGCUUAGCAGGAUUCAGUAACGAUUCACCAUAUUUUCCCAUAUUUGCUAUUUGGAUAUUUACUACAGACAAAGCCUAGGACAGGGGUAGGCAACCUUCUGCACUCCAGAUGUUGUGGACUACAUCCCCCAUAAUGCUCUUACACCCAUAAUGCUGGCAAAGCACCAUGGGAGGUGUAGUCCAAAACAUCUGCAGUGCCGAAGGUUGCCUGUGCCUGGCCUAAAAUAUUCAGUGAUUGGCACAUCUCACUCGACACUUGUGUAUAAUGAGAGAUUCACAGGGUCGAUUCCUGUACAACAGAGGUGCCCAUUGUGGAAGUUUCAAAACUACAACUUCCACAAUGCUUUGUCAUUCUAAAGGCAUGCAAAGCAUGAUGGGGGUUGUAGUUUUACAACAUCUGGGGAUGUACCUUUUGGGCACCCCUGUCAUACAAAGUAAUGAUCCUGGUUCUCAAACCCUGAAUUUCUGACCCAUUCAUUUUGAUUUGUUCUAACAGAAGGAACAUUCACAAAAUAAAUUCACAUUUUUAUUUCCAGGCACUCUACAGAAAUCACCAGCAGGCAAAUAGUUCAAAACAAAAUUAAAUUACUAAAAUAAAGCAAAUUACGGUCCCACAGAUCCCAUAUUAACUAAGGUGUAGGGUAACACCCAUUUUUUUACUAUGGGCAGUUGUGUGAGGUCUAAUGAUGGAGCAAGUGGGCAGUUAUAAUUAAACCUCUCACCACCAUUUCUAUCAAUUUGAGAGAGAGAAAGAGAGAAGAAGGUGUCAAUCAUUUGUGGUUUAUGAUAACUUCUAAUUAUUUAUAUAACUGUUCUUUAACCCCUUAAGGACACAUGACAUGUGUGACAUGUCAUAAUUCCCUUUUAUUCCAGAAGUUUGGUCCUUAAGGGGUUAAAGGAACACUCUGUGCACCAUAACAACUUAAUUAAUGGACAGUCUUACUCCAACGGCCAGUAUUCAGCGUCCGAUCACUCUGCCCUCCUGUUCUUUCACUGCUCAGAAUAUUCAAAGGGGAAGCCUUGGACAGGGGCAAGGGGCACCACUGAUUGGCUGAAAGCACUAGCCGAUGCUCUAAGACAAUCAGUAGCUUCCCAUUCACAAAACGGCUUGAGAAAAAGAGGUUUGCUAUUUGAAGACUCUGGGCAGCGGAACAGCAGGGGCGCAGAGCAAUCAGGGCGCUGGAUACUGAACUUUUUGAGCUUACUAACGGGGUAACCCAGUGCCAGCCAUAUCCUUGCUCCAUAACAAUUUAAUUCCAAUGAAGUUGUUAUGGUUUACAGAGUGUUCUUUAAGCGUGUUUGACUUAAUUCAUUACUGACCACCAACAAAUUCUGAAUAUCUGGAUUUUCAGGGUUGGGUGAUAUCCGAUGGAAGUACAAUCCUGUGUAGACUAAAAAACUUUUAAUGUCUGAAUUCUUACUUUUGAAGUUCCGAAUGCCCCAAAUUGUCACUGAUUAUUUUUCUAUCUGAGGUAGAUUCGUUUUGUAUUUUCGUGAAUUACCUUGUAAGAGAAAACAUUUGCAAGACUUGCAUGGACGUACUCCACUAUUCAGUUUGCUUUAUUUAUCUAAUAUGUAAAAAUAAUAUUUAAUUUUAAGUAAUAUUUAGAAUCAAGAGUAAUUUAUUUUAUUUCCUCUGACUAUUUAUAAUACUGUUAUUUAUAUAGCUUGCAUUGUAUCCACACAGACUAUUUUGUUGUUUUGACACAAUAUCUAUUACACUUUACUCAGUGUUCUGUGCUUUGUUUUUUUUCCAGCAAUUAAUAAACUUCUACUAGUUUCAUAAAAAUGGAGAUGCCGAGUAUGCUCUACAUGUACCAUCUUACUAAAAAUGUAAAAAAUAUUUAAAAAAAAAAUAAAAAAAAAUUAGGCUGGAACCACUUGGGUUGCAACUCCCUUAGUGCCAUCAUCAGGAUUUUGCAACUAGGAUGUGACUGACUGAAAUGCAUUAGCAAUUCACUGACCCCUUAAGGACACAUGACAGAAUUGUUUUGCUGGCCUUUCACUUCUGUAGCUCGGGCUUAUCUUCAUUUCAAAAAAUGAGAGACACACAGCACAGGUAGAAUGAGAAGCAUUUGUGUGACAUAGUGCUUCUAAUGACAUGAAUGUGAAUAUCACACUUCCUGUGUCUACUUCCUGCCUGUUCCAAUCCAUUUCCUGGUGGAAGCUGAGGAAGUCAUUCUAGGUUUUACCAGGAGCAUACACUCUGUACCCAUGGCAUCUUCCCUUCUGUUAGUAUAUAUUCAGGAAAGUUAAAGUUUCUAACAUGAAAUUCUAAAACAGCAUCCCAAAUUAAUGUUUUAAAAUAAAGGUACACUAUAGGCACCCAGACUACUUCAGCUCAUUGAAGUGGUCUGGGUGAAGUGUCCCAGGUCCCUUAACACUGCAGUUCUAAUUAUUGCAGUUUUUGAUAAACUGCAAUAAUUACCUUGCAGGCUUAACUCCACCUCUAGUGGCUGUCUAUCAGACAGCCACUAGAGAGACUUCUGGGUCGUUAAGCGAUUUUUGGUCGUCUUAUACUGGCUGUCCUCAUGCUAUGCAUGAGAACAUCAAGAGUCAGUCAACUCCCCAUAGGAAAGCAUUAUGUAAUGGUUUCCUUCUAUGGGGGAUGUCUUAAUGCAAGUAUUGCGAGCGCCUCGCAUGUGCAUUAGGUCCCCCGGCUGGUUGAUGGAGGGGGAGAAGCGGAGGUAGAGCCUGAACUAGCACCGAGCGGACAUCGGCACUGAAAUCAGGUAAGUGACAGAAGGGGUUUUUAACUCCUUCUACACCAUGUGGGGGAGAGGAGAGAGUAGGGGAGGGGGGGUAUGGUUCUAUAGGGAGUUUCCCUUUAAUUAUCUACAAAGCAAAGGUGAAUUAUGAUGUAUGAAAUGGUUCAAUAUUACUAUCAGACUGGAAAAGGUGGGAAAAUUGCUUUUUUUUUUCAUUUAAAUAAGCUAAGCGAUCACACACAGGACAAAUUAAUCACCCGGAACUAAUCUAAGAAGUGUAAGCUUGUUUGAGCAGUGUCUUCACCAACCUACUGUUCGUUUAACAGUUUGUAAUUGUCUCAUUGAUCGUUACCAUUCUCCCUUUAUAAUAUUGUAAGGCGCUGCGGAACACACCCAGUUGCGCAGUCAGUGUACUCUGGUCAUGCUACAUGCUUAUAUAAGCGCUCAAUGAUGCUAUAGCACUCUCCUUUUCUCUUACAGAUCUUAAUCCGGUGAAAUGCAGACUUGCGGGGAUACUAGUGGCUGUGCCAAAAGAUAAUAAAUAUAAAUUUAACUAUACAACAGCAGUAAGCGUGUGUCAGGAACUUGGAUUAACCCUGGCCAGCAAAGUGCAGGUGCAGAAAGCGAACAGAAACGGAUUCGAAACAUGCAGGUAAUGUUUGCAUACCUCCCAAGUGUACCUAUAGGAAGGACAGUCCCUGUUUUUGACCCAAAUCCCUCUCUUCUUCUUUUCUAUCCUAAUGUCCUCUGUUAUGUUUUGUUAUGACCAGACAGUGUUAUCUAUCCCAUAUAUCCCUGAUUUCACUUGCCUUAUAUAUGUUGUUAACUCGAAAAAUCAUUAAUAAAACUGUUUUAAUAUACACUACAAUAAAUGCAAAUAGAACACUUUGAUCACAUUCAAAAUUUAUUUUCAUUUCUAUAAAUGUUCAUUUCACCUAAAAGACUACUGGUCAGACAGAUCAUAUCGUGGUCAUAUCACCCAAAAGACCACUGGCCAACUACAUAAUCCAUUAAUCACUGCAUCAUAAAGACCACUGUCUGCUUGACCUAUGCACGGUUAAUAUCACUCUGAAGACCACUCUAUGCACGGUUAAUAUCACUCUGAAGACCACUGUAUGCAUGGUUAAUAUCACUCUAAAGACCACUCUAUGAACGGUUAAUAUCACACUAAAGACAACUCUAUGCAUGGUUAAUUUCACUCUAAAGACCACUCUAUGCAUGGUUAAUAUCACUCUGAAGAUCACUCUAUGCACGGUUAAUAUCACACUAAAGACCACUCUAUGAAUGGUUAAUAUAACUCUGAAGACCACUCUAUGCAUGGUUAAUAUCACUCUGAAGACCACACUAUGCACGGUUAAUAUCACUCUGAAGACCACUCUAUGCAUGGUUAAUAUCAAUCUAAAGACCACUCUAUGCAUGGUUAAUAUCACACUAAAGACCACUCUAUGAAUGGUUAAUAUUACUCUGAAGACCACUCUAUGCAUGGUUAAUAUCACUCUAAAGACCACUCUAUGCACGGUUAAUAUCAAUCUAAAGACCACUCUAUGAAUGGUUAAUAUAACUCUGAAGACCACUCUAUGCAUUGUUAAUAUUACUCUAAAGACCACUCUAUGCAUGGUUAAUAUCACUCUAAAGACCACUCUAUGCAUGGUUAAUAUCACACUAAAGACCACUCUAUGCACGGUUAAUAUCACUCUGAAGACCACUCUAUGCAUGGUUAACAUCAAUUUAAAGACCACUCUAUGCAUGGUUAAUAUCACUCUAAAGACCACUCUAUGCACGGUUAAUAUCACUCUAAAGACCACUCUAUGCAUGGUUAAUAUCACUCUAAAGACCACUCUAUGCAUGGUUAAUAUCACACUAAAGACCACUCUAUGCACGGUUAAUAUCACUCUGAAGACCACUCUAUGCAUGGUUAACAUCAAUUGAAAGACCACUCUAUGCAUGGUUAAUAUCACUCUAAAGACCACUCUAUGCAUGGUUAAUAUCACACUGAAGACCACUCUAUGCAUGGUUAAUAUCACUCUAAAGACCACUCUUUGCAUGGCUAAUAUUACUCUGAAGACCACUAUACGAAUGGUUAAUAUCACACUAAAGACCACUCUAUGCAUGGUUAAUAUCACUCUAAAGACCACUCUAUGCAUGGUUACUAUCACACUAAAGACCACUCUAUGCACGGUUAAUAUCACUCUGAAGACCACUCUAUGCAUGGUUAACAUCAAUCUAAAGACCACUCUAUGCAUGGUUAAUAUCACUUGAAAGACCACUCUAUGCAUGGUUAAUAUCACUUGAAAGACCACUCUAUGCAUGGUUAAUAUCACUCUAAAGACCACUCUUUGCAUGGUUAAUAUUACUCUGAAGACCACUAUACGAAUGGUUAAUAUCACUCUGAAGAAGACUGGCCUAUGCAACAUUGGCCAUUCUGGUUUUGGUGAAUCCCAGACUCAUAUAGCUUGAUAGACUCCUUGUUGACGUAUACUAGAGAUGUUUGAUUACCCGUGCCCAGAACUGUCUAGAUUAAAUCCGAAUCAUGUUGUAUUUCCUGCAGUUAUGGAUGGGUUAGCGAUCAAAUCGCAGUGAUUUCACGCAUCCAACAUAAUGAGAAAUGUGGCAAAAACCAGACGGGUGUUCUCACGUGGAGUGUGGAAAUCAGCAAGCCAUUUCACGCAUAUUGUUUCAACUCAUCAGGUGAGUCUCCCAUUAAAAAAAAAGAUUUAAACACAAAAGACUCCUGAAGCAUUUGUCUGUUUAAUAGAUGCUCACUUUGUAUCCAGUUUUAGCAUUCGAUUACCAAGAUACACAAUAUCACAGUAUUCCUCUGACAUCCCACGUGUGGACACCAGAAACUAGUAUCUAGCAAACACACAGGAAAUGAAGCACUAAACAUUGCAUUUCCUUUGUGCGAGAGCUCUUUCCCUGGGCUCUGCGCAUGGGCUGUCCUGGACGGGGCACUGUACUGACAUGCCCACUUUGGGGUGGUGCCAUAUCACGCCCCUCCUAUUUGACUGCUCAACCUUUAAAAGCUGGGGGGGAUUUUUGUCUCAGUCUGGCCUUACUGUCUGUGAUUUACACAUAGAAUGGCUGUGAACUCCCUUACGCAAUACACCAUGUAGCAUGGGAGAGCUUUUCCCUCUGCUCAGUAGAGCACUGUGCGGAGCGGCAGGGGCAUGAUAUGAGUGAAUAAACCCCACUGAUGCAUCACAAUGUAAUGUAUUUGGGGCCAAGAUGAUUAACAGAUUUUAAAGGCUGUGAUAACAAAGAGAUGAUGGCACAUGGAUCACAUACAUCAAACCAACACACAUAACACUCACCCAAUAUACACAUAACACAGGCCAUACACAUUACACAGAGCCAACAUGCACAUUAAAAAUAGCACACACUCAGCUACUCUCACAGCUUUAGUUUGCAAUUCAUUAUAAUUCGGUGUUUAGUAAAUACACCCCUUUUGUCACUGAUGGAGCAAUACCGUUUUCUCUGAUAUUCAUAUUUGCUUCGUUUUUCUUUAACGCAGAUAUGUGGGUUAAUUCCUGUAAACCAGAGUUUCCCACCACGAACGUCCCCACAACAAAACCUCAAGCCUCCACGGCCAGCGAGGUUUUACCUAACGAGACUUCAAACACAGAAAUUCCUCGCACAACCGUGAUGUUACAUCAUUUACAAACAACAUCGACUAUUUAUAAUAUAGAGGAUACAGAAACAGCCACCACUGAAAUGUUAUCGACUUCGACAAUCCCUGAAACAGAAACAGACAACAAACAAGGAAAACAAGCUUCAACGCAUAACGGAAACAGCUUUGGAAGUAAGCGACCAGGAUCCUAACGCUCAGUUAUAAUCAUAGUAAAUGUAAUUUUACUGAAUAGAACUCUAAUUCUCUACUUGCCUUCUAUUUGAAAUAACAGUUACUAAAAUGAUUGAUGUAUUUCUGGUAGUGAUUUUUAUUAUCACUAUUAUUAAAAAGGGACAUUAUAAUCACUAAAACAAGUUUAGCUUAAUCAAGCAGUUUUGGUGUAUAACUCAUGCCCCUGCAGUUUCACUGUUCAAUUCUUUGCCAUUUAGGAGUUAAAUCACUUUGUUUAUGCAGCCCUAGUCACACCUCCCUGCAUGUGACUUGCACAAAUUUCCUAAACACUUCCUGUAAAGAGUCAACUAAUGUUUACACUUCCUUUAUUGCAAAUUAUGAUUAACUAAAUCUCCUGCUCUGUUAAUAGCUUGCUAGACACUGAAGGAGCCUCCUGUAUUUAUGUGAUUAAAAUUCAAUUCACAUAGCAGGAGGGAAAAACAUUUUUAAGUAAGUUACGUCUGAAAGAAAGUGAAACCAUUUUUUUUCAUGCAGUCUGUGUCAGUCACAGCCAGGGAAGGUGUGGCUAGGACUGCAUAAACAGAAACAAGAGAAGUGAUUUAACUUCUAAAUUGCAGUGAAUUGAGCAGUGAAACUUCAGAGACAUGCGCUAUAUACUAUAACGGCUUAACUAAAUGAAAGAUGUUUUGGUGACUAAAGUGUCCCUCUAACAUUGGUUGGACCUGAUUCAUUGUUUUAUUCUCAUACAGGCUUACCAGCUGCCCUCCUAACACUUGCGCUGCUGUUUUUUGCGGUGGCCGUCGUACUUGGCGUUUGCUAUAUCAAAAAGUAAGCAAAUAUAUAUUUUACACUAUCUUGCUUAUCUGUAUUAUGCUCUUGAAACAAAGGGGUAUGGAAUAAACGAAUGAAACUGAACGUAAUAUUUGAUUCUGUACAGAAACCAUUUCUAGACCCAUACCUCUCCUGGGUUCCUUCACUAUAGGUUUACAUGGAGAGGGCAGGGUGGGCUGCCUAGGGGUGCUGGUAAGUAAGGGGUAUCUCUUCCCAAGCUUAGCCUGUGGAUAUCUCAUCUUCCCCUCCAUAUCUCGACUGAAGGGAUUUAAUACUCCCAACUCCUAUUGGCUGUCAUGGGAAAAAUUACUUCACCUUUUCCAGAAAAGUUCAAUUUUGUUGUUUUAUAUUAAUGGGAAUGACCCCAGUAGCAUGGCCAUAUUCAUUAUCAGGCAUCCUGACUUAUCUUACCACUAGGGGGGGAUUUCACCUGUGUGUCCUAUGAUGUAAGCCGUGACAUGUUUUUUUGAUUAAUCGGUGUGGGAUUAGUGCAGCCUGAUCUAUCAGUAUAAAUGAAUCUGGGUGUGAUUAGCACAGUCUGAUCUUUCAGUGUAAAUCAGUCUGGGUGUGAUUAGUGUGGUCUGAUCUAUAAGUAUCAAUUAAACCGGGUGUGGUUAGUGUGGUCUGAUCUAUCAGUGUACAUUAAUCUGGAUGGGUUUUUUAUUAGCACAAUUUGAUCUAUCAGUGUACAUUAAUCUAGGUGUGAUCAGAGCAGUUUGAUCUGUUAGUAUAAAUUAAUGUGACUGUGGUUAGCGCAGUUUGAUCUAUCAGUGUACAUUAAUCUAGGUGUGAUCAGAGCAGUUUGAUCUGUUAGUAUAAAUUAAUGUGACUGUGGUUAGCGCAGUUUGAUCUGUCAGUGUAAUUUAAUCUGGGUGGGAUUAGCGCAGUCUGAUCCAUGGGGAGGAGUUUACUUUGGCGGUGUCACUGAUCACGUCAUAGCGUACGUCCACUCCAGCUCUCUUUAUAUUUCUGUGCUUUUUGCUCCAGGUACAAAACAAAUUUGCUCUUCACUCAAAAGAAAGAGGAAAAGGAAAAUGUAGAGACAAAAGUAUUUAAAGAAAAUGGGAACGGUGAACUUCCAAAAACAGAGGAGCAGACACCUCCAUCGGCGACCAUGAACGAAACCUUAAACUGUUUAGAAGCUGAGGUGUAAUGACCACUCUCUACCAGUAGGGGACAGAGAUUUUAUGGACAAUGAGAGUACUGAAAACCGAGGGUGAAAGGACUGUUGAGUCAGACUGUAUCUUAUGGUGAUGUUGGAUCCUGCCAUAUUGUGCAACCAAUGGGAUCGCAAACAUUGUCCCUUAUGGUUGGCAGCAAAAAUCCCAGUAGGGAAAGCACUCGGCUCUACGUUAAACCUCUCUCACGGGUGUUUGGAAAAUAUAAUAUAUUAACCUUUGUAUAAAGCCAUGCAUGGAAAAACUACAUUAGAAGGUUUUUACAAUAAACGGAUUGUCUUUACAAUAACAAGACUGUAUUCACGGUAACGGAUUGUCUUUACAACAACAGGACUUUCUUCACAGUAACAGGAUUUUCUUACAAUAACAGGACUGUCCUUACGGUAAACGGAUUGUUUAUACGAUAACAGGACUGUCUUUAAAGUAAACAGUUUGUCUUUACGAUAACAGGACUGUCUUUACUGUAAAUGGAUUGUCUUUACAAUAAAAGGAGUGUCUUUAUGGUAAACAGAUUGAUUUUACGAUAACAGGACUGUCUUCACGGUAACAGGAUUUUCUUACGAUAACAGGUCUGUUUCUACAAUGAUAACACUGGAAAUCAUUAAUUUUUUUAUAAAUUGUGUGGCUAUUAAAAUUGGGAUGAAUCCUUAUUCGCUGAGCUCAAUUUCCUGGAUAGUCUGUGUUUUGUUUGUAAAUUUUAUGAAACUUAGUUCUUGUUUAGUGUCUGUUAGGAAAACCUGCAGCAUUUGAUCAUCUGUUACUGCCUGUUAAAGGGACACUAUAUUCACAAAAACAACUUUUGUUAAUGUGUAUAGACCAUGUCCCUAUAGUCUCACUGCUCAUUUCACUGCUAAUUUAGGAGGUUAAUCACUUUUGUUUCCAUUUAUGCAGCCCUAGCCACAACUCCCCUGGCAAUAACUGCCACAGCCUGCAUUAAAACAAAAUGUUUUCAUUUUCAAUAAGAGGUUACCUACUUUAAAGGUUUUUCAUCUCCUGCUCUGUACACGGAACUUUAAUUACAUACAGGAUGCUCCUGCAGGGUCCUAGCAGGCUAUUUACAGAGCAGGAGAAUAGAAAUUCUAAAUUAAACAUAAUUUGCAAUAAAGGAAGUGUAAAGAUUAGAUCUCAAUUCAUAGGAUGUGUUUAGGAAGGCUGAGCAAGUCACAUGCAGGGAGGUGUGACUAGGGCUACAUAAACAAAGUGAUUUAACUUCUAAAUGGUGAAGAAUUGAGCAGUGAGACCUCAGGUGCAUGAUCUAUACACCAAAAUUGUUUCAUUAAGAUAUAGUUCUUUUGGCGACUCUAGUGUCCCUUUAAAAUUACAAUUGAUAAAUAUAUACAAUUACCUUUGAAUGAAGGAAGUUUACAUGACUUGGAUUUAAAAAAAAAUUACAAAACAUUUUUAUAUUCUAACUCCAAGCUGUCUGGUUGUCUAAACACAGAAUGUUAUCCUAGGAGUUUGUUUAACUCUCUUUGAUUUGGUGAUUUGGGGACGUGUGAAUUCCCAGGUUUAUGUGAUGUAACGCGAGUUUAAUAAAAAAAAAAAAAAGAAAGGAAAAUGUUGUCAAAACAGAACUUUAGAAUAGAAACAAAAACAGAACAAAACUUCAACCUGAAACUGAC